AUGAUCAUAUUCCUCUAUCUUAUACUGGUGUUGGCCUGGGCGCUACUUAUUAUCAUACUGAAAUGCAAGAAAGCACGCGCCAAAAGGCUGGCCGAGCAGGAGGAGAUGGCCCAACCGGUCCAUGUGGUACAGAUCGGGUCCAACCUUUACGACAUUAUGUCACUGCACCGGGACAACUACAGUGGUGUGUACAGCUGUCUCGAGCAUGGUACCAUCGCUCAACACCGACAGCGUGCCCCGGCCAGUGUCACACACUCGAAUGCGGCCUUCAUCGGUGACGAUGGUUCCAUCUAUCCCGGCAACGGCAUGGUUGCCCUGGAACCACCUCCGUCCUACGAAGAAGUGAUACGACUCCCGGCGUACUAUCCCAAGGUGGAAACGUUCGUGCCGGAAAUGGUUGUUCCACCGUCCUUGCCACGACCACAUACGGUAGGCGCCGGUCAACAACCGGCCCAGCUACAUCAAACCCGCGGCGUUACGAUGGAUCUAACCACGGUAGCAACGAUUGCACCGGCAACCGGCUCGGCAACACCGGAACCGACGGUCGAUGCAAACGGCAAUCGCGUCAAGGGUAUGGGAACGGCCAGUGGUACUACCUUCCCAGGGGCAACCGUAACCGUGCAGACUGCUAGUUCGUAA